CUGCCAUCGGUGAAGCGUAUACGAUGAAAGAUGGCAGCCGAAAAUAUUCACGUCAGGCUUUGCCUCCAAGACAUUAUAAAACUGGAUCUCGAAGCCAAAGCGCUGAUCCAGGAUAUCAAGGAUCAUGCAGACACCGUGGACAGCCUUGAUUAUUUCAGUACUCAGGCCAGAGAGAAACUAAAAACGCUGCGUGAAAAAAUUGAUGAUUUGGAGCAGCUUGGUCAUGAGCAAGAUCAAGAAUCAGACAAAAAUGCUAUCUUGGCUAAUGUCAAGACUUUGAAGCAAACACUUUCAGGGACUCUCAGUAGUCUGAGGCAGGCUAACCUGAGCUCACAGCUGACUAUUGAUAAAAAGACCAAAGAGCAGCUGAUGUUUGGAUCCUCCCAAAUUAGACACAGGGCACAUGGUAACAAGGAAACAUUAGCGAAAAUGGCCGUGGAUAUCACAGAAAGCCUUCUCAGUCUAAACCGUACCAUAGCUGGUCAGGUUACUCACAGUGAAAGCACAAUGACAGCACUAGUCAAUUCAUCGCAGUCAGUAUCUCAGAUGCAGGAUGAAUUUAGAGAUAUGGGUGGACACAUACAACACUCUCAUCGGUUGUUGACAAAGUAUGGACGUCGAGAAUUAACAGACAAAUUGCUUAUAUUUCUGGCACUUAUCUUUUUUUUUGCCACAGUGUUAUACAUAAUGAAAAAACGUGUAUGGCCUUCAUGAUAAAAAAAUAAAAUUGUUCAUUUAUGUUGAUUGGAACUAACAUUUUGUGGUAUCUGAAAAGACUUUGCUGAUCUGUGCCAGAAAAUGUCUCCUGAAUGUUUAUAUUAGUUUGCACUUUGCAAAAUGCAGAGAAAUAAAAAAGUCACUGAAUGCUUACAUUCGUUGUGGAGCAUGAAUUUGUUUAUCUACAGAAAAUAUGCAUAACAAAUACAAUACAUAAAAUGGUUAAGCAACAUCUUUGUUGAAUAAAAUUGUUACUCUU